ACUGGACACUGUCCCACCUCACUCACUCCCAUUUCUGGACCCCGAGUCUGCGCAUGGAGGAGCCCCUGGAGAGCUCUACCCUGGAGGAGGCUCUGGGGCAAUUACAGCGGAGUCUCCGGGAACGCGCGAACAGAAGCCUUCACCAGCUGAGUUGCAUCCUGAGAGAAGACAAUGCCGCUGGCAGAGACGAUGCACUAGAACCUUCUUUUAGCGCCGAAGGAGGAAGCGAGGACCCUGGGACUUCCUGGCACCAGCUACAGCACAGCCAUGCCGUUAAUCAACUCAUAGCCUUGUUGCACCAACAUGCAGCUGAGGAAAGUGAGGUGUCUCCAUCAAGAAGACAAAAAAUAACCCCUUUGAGGUCAUCAGAAUGUGAGGAAACCAAUAUGCCUACUUUUCAUAAUCUUGUCCCUAUCAUCAAUGAUCAGUCCCAAUACAUUCAUCAUUUGGAGGCAGAAGUCAAGUUCUGCAAGGAGGAACUUUCCGGAAUGAAAAAUAGGGUGCAGGUGGUUGUGCUGGAAAAUGAGCAGCUCCAACAACAGUUGAAAGCUCGAAGACAAGAGGAAGCGAUGAGGGAGCAGACUCUUCUGGAUGCUUCUGGAAACAUGCAGAAUUCUUGGAUGACAAGAGGUGAGGAUUCAGGAGUUCAGGAAGCUGUCAAAUCAUAUUCCCAUGGCGAUGCAGACAUGACCAAGGUCUCCUCUGCUCAUGAGGCUGAGAAAUGGAAGCUAGAACUGGAGAGGCUGAAACUUACUUAUGAGCAAAAGUGUGAAAUCCUGGAAUCUCAACUGAGGGUUUUGAGGAAAAAUUUAGCCGAAAGUCAGAGAAACUGUGAAGAUCUUAAAGUGCGACUAAAGCACAAAGAGUCCGUCCUGGCUGCCCAGGCGUCUAACCCUAACCGCGUGGGCGGCCUGUGUGUGAAGUGCGCUCAGCACGAGGCUGUCCUCUCCCAGACGCACAGCAACGUCCACGUGCAGACCAUAGAGCGGCUGACCAAGGAGAGGGAUGACCUCAUGGCCGCGCUGGUGUCCGCGAGGAGCAGCUUGGCGGACGUGCAGCUGAGGGAGGCGGGCGCCUACGAGCAGGUGAAGUGCGCCAUGCAGAUGACGGAGGAGGCCAACCUCGAGAAAACCAAGGCUCUGAUCCAGUGUGAGCAGCUGAGGAGCGAGCUGGAGAGGCAGGCGGAGCGGCUGGAGAGGGAGCUGGCCACGCAGCAGGAGAAGCGGGCCUGCGACAAAGAGAUGAUGAAGAAGGAGCUGACGCAGGAGCGGGAGGACUCGGGAUCCAAGAUGUUGGCUCUGUCUCAGAACCUGGCCCACCUGGAGGCCCAGCUGGAAAAGGCCACAAGGGAGAAGGUUUCAGCUGUGAACCAACUCGAAGAAAUUCAGAACCAGCUUGCUUCCCGGGAAGCGGAUGCCACCAAGGUGUGUGGGGAAUUGCACUAUCAAUUGAAUAAAACCAAAAUGGAGAAGGAGGAGGCAGAAAAGGAGCUCAGAGAGUACAGAGCCAAAGCUAAAAGGGACCUUGACCUGAAAGAUCAGGAGAUAGAGCGGCUGACGCUGGAGCUGAGCGAGAGCAAGCAGCACGUGGAGCGGGAGCAGCAGAAGGCGGCCGGGGCCGGAGAGCAGCUCCUGACACUGACGCAGCGGCUGGGGGAGACCGAGCGCCAGCUGCACCGCACCAGACUGGAAAAAGAGAGCAUUCAGCAGAGCCUCAGCAGCGAAGCCAAGGCCCAAGCCCUUCAGGCCCAGCAAAGGCAGCAGGAGCUGACGCAGAAGAUGCAGCAAAUGGAGGCCCAGCAUGACAGGACCGAAAGUGAACAGUACUCACUGCUGACCUCCCAGAAUGCAUUUUUGACCAAGUUAAAGGAAGAGUGCUCUACGUUAGCCAAGAAACUGGAACAAAUCUCUCAGAAGAGCAGAUCUGCAGUGGCCCAGCUCAGCCAGGAGAAGAAGUACGCCUACGAGAAACUGAAAAAGCUGCAGGAAAGAAACGAGGAGCUGGAGGAGCAGUGCGUCCAGCAUGGGAGACUCCAUGAGAUCAUGAAGCAAAGGCUGCAGCAGCUGGACCAGCACAGCCAGGCCACCGCCCAGCAACUGGUGCAGCUGCUGAGCAAGCAGAACGCGCUCCUGCAGGAGAGGCAGAGCCUGUCUGAGGAGGUGGAGCGGCUGAGAGCCCAGAGAGGAAGGGGGAGAUAGAAACGUCGCUGAUCGGAGAGAACCGCUGAUCCGCUGCCUCCUGCAAGCCCCGCACUGGAGACUGAGCCUGGCACCCGGGGGCGUGCCCUGACCGGGAAUCGAGCCGAGACCUCCUGGCUCACAGGGGGCGGUUAACCACUGGGCCGCCCAGCCGCAGGGCCAUACCAGCUUGUUUGUUCACGCACUCACGUGGUGGUGGACGUGGCUCUGGCCGAUCUGCCGCCGGGGAGGGUUCCCUCAGUCCCUCCCCAGGUGCCCGUGACUCAUCCACUGGCCCCACACCUCUCCCAGCGUUCUUGGCAGCGAAUUCCAGUUCUAAUUUGAUUUAAACGUGUGCACGCGGACCCAACAGCCAUAUGUGAUUAAACUCAACGUCAUGGACAGGAUCUCCUUGCACCAAAGGACUCACCAACAGAGACCAGAGCUGGGCGGGCAGCAGGCCGGUGUGUGACCUGGAGCGAAGGGAAGGGACAGCUCGCUGGGACCCGGAGGUGUCGCACGUUUGCAGGGUCUUCCCCGCACCCCGGGGGCCCCCGCACCCAGGGGCCCCCCAGGAGGUGAGCUCCCUGCCAGGCCGACGGCGCCCGGAGCCACCAGCAAACACACCGAACCGGGAGUUUCCGGAAGGCGUGCCAACGCGACGAAAACAAACAACUGAUUCCCACCAAAUUGUUGUGUCUUUGUUUCCCCCCACCCCGGAUUCUCACCCGGAUUGUCAGCCUCGAAAAUAAACACCGAUCCAUUCCCAGAAAAAUAUUUUUCCAAUAAAAACCCACUCUGCGAAAGUUCGCCCUGGUUCCUUCAAAACUGUGUGCGAGACACUGUCAACCGGAGCGGCUUCCCUGAUCUGUUCAACA